AUGGCUCUUGGACAGCCCAAGUUCCUUUCUUUAACUGCUGUAACAAUUCCCACUGACUGGCUGCAAAAGCUUGCUUGAUGCCGGCAUGGGGGUAAGAUGUGAAAAGGUAGAACACUACUACACAAGAACAAAUAUAGCAAAUACUGUCCUGCCAGCUGGACUUUAUAGAAGCUAUCGCUUUGCUGCUCCAUUUCAACUAAUUAAAUGCACUGUGUUCACACUCCUUUGGAAAACUUCAGUAUUAUGUUUCUGUGCCACCUCCUUCUCUAUUCUCUUAUUCCUUUAAUUAAACAAAACAAACAGACUGCAAGUAGUCAUGCUCUGAAGCUGAAGGUGCUCCCAGCAUCUUUUUCUUUUCCUGAGUCAGACCAAAGGGGGGUGUCUCUAGGGAUCUAGUUUCCUUAAUUAAUUUGAUUCUCAUAUUUAAUACAUAGUGCUGCUUCACCUCAGUAUUUUGUUAUUCGUGUUCUUUGCACCCCAUCAACCAUCUUCCUCCUACCUACUGUGCUACAUCCUGUGUGCUUGUUCCUGAGACUCCCAGCAUCUGUGCAGAAGCACAUGAAUAAUCCUGCUAGGUUUUUUUUUCCCUCCUCUUCCCACAGCAACACCAGAGUUGUACAACAGCAUUACUGCACAUGCUGUCAACCAGCCUCCUGGUCUCCCUGAGAUUAUCCAGAUAAGAUAUAGAGAAUAGUUACAAGGUCCUUAGUUCACAUUUUGAUUUCCUCACUCCCCAGCCAGCAGUGCUCCAGUAAGACACAAUUUGUUCAGGAAAAAAAAUAAUAAAAGGGGGGAAAAAAACCAAAACCUGUUGUAAUUGUAAGUAUUUGGGCACAAAGCAUAGCUAUGUAGGUGUUAAGUACAUCGGCAUUCACCAGAUGUGGCCAGGCAUCCUGGGCAAGAACAGGAGCACUGCUUCUCCCUGUCUGCUUCAUACUGUCAGAUGGGGAUGUGCUGUGUCAGGUUCAUCACGUGGGAAAAGUGCCUCAGCAAGAAAUAUCAGACACGGAGUUGUCUCAGGCUCACAAGCUGCUGAGAUCUAAGUCGUUUGGCUUUGAAGAAACCAGCUACGCUGCUUGCACUCACUUGCCUUGCUGUGAUGUUGCCUUUGUAGGAUGGGAGCACCCCGAAGAUACCAACCAGGCAACUCCUGCUCCUACCUCAAAUGCAGCGUCUAAAGCCCUCCCAGCCUUUCCUUGGUAAAAUGAGGCUGGCCAGACUUGUUAACAUCACACCGCCCCAUCUCAAAGUUUUCCUUUUCAAAGGAGGAGCCGUCUACUCACGGGUUCAUUGAUUCUCUGCCCAGCAGGAAUGUUUGCUCAGGCACGGACAAGCCACACCUCUGAUGACUGUAACAGGCAGAGCUCUCUCUGUUUUGAUAGUCUAUCAGCUGGGUUUAUCAAGGUAUAUAAACAAAAACUCCCCCUUUCAGAACUUCCCCCACUUCUGGCCAGCUGUCCCUGCAGAACACGCGGGGGCUGUGUCUGAGCUGAGCUCACCUGUUAUUUCGAGAAAUUUUAAUAGCAGGUUUUAAGCUGCUUAUUUACUUUUUUUGGUCUGUGCAGGAAGUCUGAGCUUAAAAAAAAAAAAAAAAAAGCUAGAAGUAUAAUUACCCUGGCACGCCUGCAUUCCUGCUCCAGGCUCAGGAGGGAAGAGAGUCUUUCUUGUCAGCGCAGGCACGUUCAAGCCAGGAAGAGAACCGGAUCCCUGGAGAUCACUGCCACCGACGUGUGUAACUGAAACCCACAGCCAUGCUGAAACAGAUAUUAUCGGAGAUGUACAUCGAUCCUGACCUGCUGGCAGAACUCAGUGAGGAGCAGAAGCAGAUCCUCUUCUUCAAGAUGAGGCAGGAGCAGAUCAGACGGUGGAAAGAAAGAGAAGCUGCUGCAGACAAGGUUUCAGCAAAGAAGCCACUGCCAAAAAAAGCCAGCAAGAAGUCAGUACAAUGGAAGCUAGGUGCCGACAAUGAUGUCUGGGUGUGGGUGAUGGGUGAGCAUCCUUCAGAUAAAUCAUAUGCAGCCAUCUGUGAAGAGAUCCAGGCACAAAGGGCAAAGCGGUUAGCGAACGAGCAAGGCAAGGAGACCAGAGAGACGGACUGUGCUGUAACACAGUCUCUGCAACCACAGCCAGAAGUCCUGGGUGAGACAGAAGUUCAGGGAAACAAUAAAAACACUGUAGAGGAACAGAAAGAAGAGGCGAGAAAAAACACUGCUGGUACAAUUGGGAAAAGCCAGGAGCUCAAAAAGGAAGCCCGGGAUGUUCACCAGAUGCUGGCAGACUGUCAGAUGAGGAAGAGUGGCUUCUCACAGAUGAAGGGAGGACACAGGAGAAAUUCAAGAGAAGAGACUACAGUCCAGCUGAAGGCAAUACCACAAAGCCAUGUACCACAAAGCCAUGCAUGCUCAGAGAAGACGUUGCAGAAAUCUGAUGAGAAUGAGCCUGAAUGGCAAGAAUCCUUGCGGAAAUCCAAGGCAGCAGAUGAGAAGAGACGCUCCCUCGCACGACAGGCCAGAGAUGACUACAGGAGGCUUUCACUGCAGGGAGCCCACAGAGGGAAGCAGGCAGACAUAUCCAAGAACGCCACAGCAGGAGAUCGGCGACCGCUCCAAUACCCUCCUCUCCCACCCAAGCCUAAACUUCUACCUCCUGUGACGACGAAUGGCAGAGCAGUUAGGAAAGAAGGAAUCCAGAGGACAAUCUCCAGUUCAGCUGAAGAAAGCAUCAUCAGGUGGUUCAAAGAAGAGCAAUUCCCCCUUCGAGCUGGCUAUCAAAAAAACACAGACACAAUAGCACCUUGGUUUCAUGGUAUCCUAACCUCUAGAAAAGCAGAGGAGCUUCUGAGUAAAACAGUGCCGGGGAGUUUUCUGGUCCGUGUCAGUGAGAAAAUCAAAGGCUACGUGCUUUCCUAUCAGUCUGCAGAGGGAUGUAAACACUUCCUUAUUGAUGCCUCCAGCGAUUCCUACAGCUUCCUUGGAGUGGACCAGCUACAACAUUCAACACUGGCUGACCUUGUUGACUACCACAAGGAUGAACCCAUCACCUCUAUGGGAAAGGAGCUGUUGCUUUAUCCAUGUGGUCAAGAGGACCAUGAACCAGAUUACAUCUCCCUUUUCGAGUGAGCCUCCCAGUCUCAUUACGUAGCACCAUGCCGUUUUCACCAAGAUUGGAUUUCAAACUGGAAGCUACUGAUGCUUACCUGAAACUUGCCAUAAGUGCCUCUAUUUCAAAUCCUUCACAACAAAGCAGUGGGAGAAUAAGUGCUGUCACAGGCUUGUUGUCUCAACAGAGAGAAAGGAUGCACCAGCCCCGCAAGCUACAAAACACCCAGAUACACCAUGCAUGUUGUUCUGGAUUAGACAUUGAAGAAUCAGUUGAACAGAGAUUUUGCAGAUUUCCUCAGGGAUACCUGUGUUCAAGCUGGGUUUUGCUCUUGAAUGCAAGGUUGCCUGCUGUUUGGGAAACAGAUUGCUACAUAAAAUUGAAUAAGAUCAUAGCUUCUUGAAGGCAGCAAGCAACUUGGAGAAGUGAAUCAGUUUUCAUAGUAAUUUGUUUAAUGUGAAACUUAAUGCUGUAAGAUGCUGUGCUCUUGGAAUCAAGGAUGUUCAAGUAAAACAUCCAAGGACAUCCCUGGUGCCUUUCAGUGAAAUGUGUUCUCUGAAGAGGGAUUUUUAUGAAAAAUGCAUUUUAAAAAUUCCCUUAACCUCUGAAUAUAGACCCUCCGUUUUCUUAACCUGUAUCUAAAUCCCACACUGGCCUCUCCGCAUAGAGGGGGACUUAACCUUUUGUAAGGGAGUGGAGAAGGUAUGCAGGAAUUUGUUAGAAUGAAACACAUUUACGGACCCUAAACUGUAUAAGAAAUAGGGCCUGUAUCAGUAUUAGUACAGUUUACAGAAGUGUUUGCCAGUAAAUAAUGCUGUUUUUCAGAACAGAGCUAUUUAUUACAAGUUAUGUCCAGAUUAUUGGGAUGCAGAUGGUAUGAACCAUAUUACAGAACUUUUUCUUUCAACAAAACGUUCUCUCUUUGCAUCUGUUACAUUGCUCUUAAAACACACAAUUCAGAACAUCGAGGAAGAAGCUGAACAGAAUCACAAAAUUAAUCCUCACCCAGGUUGCUUCAAUGUGCAAGUCUCCUAACACCAUAAUUUAUUAGAGAUGUGACUGUCAAAGAGCAAGCAAGUAAUCAGUUGUUUACCUGUUCCCUUUCUUCAACUGGAUUGGGGAUAUCCUGCUAAACAGAAGCAGUCAAAAGACAGAAGGUGCAUAGACAAUAUUACUCUUGGCAUCUCUAUGGGAAAAGACAUGUAAGAAAAAUCACAAGAGAUCUCAAAAUAACAUAACUUGUGCAACUUUGACAGGGGCUUAAUGAUGUGCUAUACUCAAAGCAAUGAUAUGUAGAACUUACAGAUGCCCAGAGCUUAGAAUCAGAAACUAACAGGUUUCACUGGACUUCUGCAGAUCAUUCAGCAAUGCUUAACAAGUAGGACACACCAACAUAACAUUAAGCUACUCAGGGCUCAGGUUAUACCUAACGGAAUAUGAUGGAAAAUAUACCAGGAAAUAGAAAAGGUCAAGUUCAAGGCAGGUUGCAACUAUGAAAUUUCUAUAAUACACACUACCCAUUUUCAAAGCCAGCUUAAACAGGACUGUAGGAAAAGACUUCACUUUGGAACAGCAGUGAUCACAGCCCUCAGAUGCAUUCAGCAUGCAUCUGAGGUCUCUUUCCAGCAGAUCCUUGUGUAUUUUGGCACUGUUUUGGGACGUGUUUGGUGUUCCACAUGCAAGUUGCCUUCAUUGCACUUUCCAUCUAACAAAAGGCAAAUAUGCAAACAUACAUCAAAGGAAGAAGUACUAACAGUAGUAGCACAUUCACUGCAGACUCCACAUGCAGAGCAUUCUAGAGAGGUUCACACUCUUCCUAUCACUCAGCAAAAGGACAAAUGGCAUUUUAUUCAUUUUUAACUGCUAUCUUUUAUACUUAUUGCCCCUAACCUUAAUAACCCCAAAACCACAUUGGAACCUAGUUUCAGACUGCCUUGAAUUAAUCUGAGGCUAUAAAACAAAGAGACCAUUGAGAAAAACAGCAUUUAGGUAAGUAAAUGGGAUUGAUAAACACACGCAUUUUUUGUUAGCUGUUAAACAUUAAAAUGAUAAACAGCAGUCAGUAUUAAAACACUCUACAACAGCAAUAACUCACUUAGAACAGUUUUAGAUCAUUGAAAAAAAAAAAUCUAUUAAGACAGAUAAUUUUAUGAACACACAAUUACUAUAAGAAAAUUUCCAGGGUUUGGUAAUUCAUCAAAAAAUUUUAUUUUGUUAAUUACAAAAAGCUGCUAUGCCCUGGGCAAGAGUCUAGAUUUGGUUUAGAAUGAAUACUUUGGUAUAAAGUCAGAACAUUUUCAUUAAUAUUUGUAACUGGCAUUCAGAAAGUUUCCUGCUAAAUCCAAGUUGAAAUACGUUUCCUCUUCUCCAGCGUAAAUGUUCCUCCUUCCAGCACACAGAUUCUACAGUAAAAUCAAUUUGCUUAUCCAAACCAAAUUCCCAUCCAGGAAAAACAGAUCUGCAGAGCAUUUUCCAAGCAUUGGAACGUUGUACUGUUUCCUAGUAAGGCUAGAAUUUGAAAACUGAAAGUAUUGACAACAUAAUUCCCAGGCAAAACCAAAUCCAUUAAAAAAAAAAAAAAAAAAAAAAA